GUUCAUCGGAAACAUUCGUACGGUGCUGCUCCUCUGAAUCAACCCCCAAAAUCUGCUUCCUCCAUUGACUCUCUUCUUCGCUACGCAAGAACUCGAAUCUAAUCUUUCCUGCAUUCUCAUUCUCCGGUUGUUUGUUUUGCUCGUCAAGUAGGUUAAUCAUUGGACUGCUGAAAUGGAAACUGAUCCUGCUGACUCUUCAUCUCAGUCUCCAGCUAUAGUAUCUGAGAAAGAUGUGACCAUUCUUGGUAAUUCUGCACCUUCUGAAAAUGUUAUGGGUGUUGAAGAAGGUCCCGUGAGCUCUGUAGGAGAGGCUCCUAAAGAUUCUAUUAGUACAGAAGCUUCAACUGUAAAGUUUGAUACUCAAAUGCUUUCUAAUGGCUCUGAACCUUCGAGUAAAACUGUGGAUAUAGUUCCAUGCCCGCCAGGUUCCUCCCCACGCGAAUCGCCGUAAUCUAUAUUUUCUUCUUCUGGUCUUUCUUCUUGGGCCAAAAGUUUGAAAUUCCCGCAGCAAGAUCCAAACGCUGCAGAUUCUGGGAUGUCAUCAGCUUUCACGAGAUUUACCUCUGAACUUGGUCUGCAUUUGCCAACGAAAGGUUCAGAUGAUGUCAGUGACCCUAGGGCACCAAACACACAAGUUGGUGGUGCUUUUGAGUCGCUCACGAAAGCAGUGGUAGAUUCAUCUCGUGGUGCUGUAAAAGCAAUGCAGGUGAAAGCACGCCACAUUGUCUCUCAGAACAAAAGAAGAUACCAGGAGGGAGAAUUCGAUUUGGAUAUGACAUAUAUAACUGAGAAUAUAAUCGCAAUGGGGUUCCCAGCUGGUGACAUAAGCUCUGGUCUUUUUGGAUUUUUCGAGGGACUAUAUCGUAAUCACAUGGAAGAGGUGAUCAAGUUUUUUGAAACUCAUCACAAGGACAAAUAUAAGGUCUACAACCUUUGUUCAGAGAGAUUGUACGAUGCUUCAAGGUUUGAGGGGAAGGUUGCAUCUUUCCCAUUUGAUGACCAUAACUGUCCUCCUAUCCAAUUGAUACCAUCAUUUUGUCAAAGUGCAUACACAUGGUUGAAGGAAGAUAUCCAAAAUGUAGUGGUAGUUCAUUGUAAAGCUGGAAUGGCAAGAACCGGAUUAAUGAUUUGCUGUCUUCUUCUAUAUCUCAAGUUCUUUCCUACAGCUGAGGAGGCUAUUGAUUACUAUAACCAAAAGAGAUGUCUUGAUGGGAAAGCUCUCGUUCUCCCAAGUCAGAUUCGAUAUGUCAAGUACUACGAACGUGUUCAAAAUCAAUUUGACGGGAAAGUUCCACCCGAACAAAGAUGCAUGCUCAGAGGGUUUCGCCUAAUCAACUGCCCUUACUGGAUUAGACCUGCCAUUACGAUCUCCAACCACACUGAUAUACUUUUCUCUACGAAGAAACAUCAGAAAACCAAGGAUUUGGGGCCUGAAGAUUUUUGGAUAAAGGCACCCAAAAAAGGAGUUGUUGUCUUUGCAAUACCUGGUGAAGCUGGUCUAACAGAAUUAGCCGGCGACUUCAAAAUCCACUUUCACGAUAGUGAUGGAGAUUUCUACUGUUGGCUAAAUACUACACUGACUGAUAACAGAACAAUGCUGAAAGGUAGUGACUUUGAUGGCUUUGAAAAGAGAAAACUGCCUGCACCGGGCUUCCAUGUUGAGAUCGUAAUGAUAGAAUCCGACAAUUCUCAACCAACGAAGCCCAAAUCUGACUCAUCCCAACAACCAUCUCAAAGUAGUUCUGAAGCUGAUUCCAGCAAACUCCAGUCUGAUCAGAACAAAGACGAUGAUGUAUUCUCCGACAGUGAUGGGGACGACAACGGAAACUCGAAACCCAUUGAGACUAAUUCAACUACCGAGAAUACAGCAGNUCAUAUACUUUUCUCUACGAAGAAACAUCAGAAAACCAAGGAUUUGGGGCCUGAAGAUUUUUGGAUAAAGGCACCCAAAAAAGGAGUUGUUGUCUUUGCAAUACCUGGUGAAGCUGGUCUAACAGAAUUAGCCGGCGACUUCAAAAUCCACUUUCACGAUAGUGAUGGAGAUUUCUACUGUUGGCUAAAUACUACACUGACUGAUAACAGAACAAUGCUGAAAGGUAGUGACUUUGAUGGCUUUGAAAAGAGAAAACUGCCUGCACCGGGCUUCCAUGUUGAGAUCGUAAUGAUAGAAUCCGACAAUUCUCAACCAACGAAGCCCAAAUCUGACUCAUCCCAACAACCAUCUCAAAGUAGUUCUGAAGCUGAUUCCAGCAAACUCCAGUCUGAUCAGAACAAAGACGAUGAUGUAUUCUCCGACAGUGAUGGGGACGACAACGGAAACUCGAAACCCAUUGAGACUAAUUCAACUACCGAGAAUACAGCAGGCUCGAUGCACACAACUAGUAAACCUCAUCAGAUCAAUGAGCCACCAAAGACAGAUGACCCUUCUGCAAACAGAAGUAUCACAAGUUCAUCAUCCUCAGAUCUUCAUAAUCCAUUACCGAACCACUCAUUAGCAGUUAGUGAUAUCAAAGCUAUUGCUGCAGAUGCAUCGGUCUUCUCUUUUGGAGAUGAGGAAGAAGACUAUGAAAGCGACUGAGCCUGAAAACUCAGGUUUUAUCACACAUUCACACUUAUUAUCAUACACACACAAGUAUAACAGAUUCUGUAUUGAUUCCUUCUAUAUAGCUUCCCAUUACAGAAGAAACAUUUGUAACAAUUUUCACAUUGUAAAACAAAAUAACAGAAACAUUUCAUUGGUUCCCAAAUGCAUUUCUUGUUGGCGAUAA